UAAAAGACUGUCCAUGAACAUGUCUAGUUACCGCACAACAACUCAACGAUGUCUCUUCGCAUCGCAACAAUUCUCUUCGCCCUGCACUGCCUGUUGACUGCAUGCAAUGCAUAUACUUGUGAAGUUAUCCCUGGUAGCCUAGUGCAGAUUGACGUAGGUAAUGGACAGGUGGUGGGAGUGAACAAAGAUGACAAUAUCUACACACUGUAUGGAUCGACAUGGACACAAAUCAAUGGCAAACUGAAACACGUCACCGUGGGCCAAGCAGGAACCUGGGGAGUCAACAGUGCUGACAACAUCUUCAAACUGGCUGCAGGUAGCUGGGUUCAAGUACCUGGGCUCUUGAAGCAGAUUGAUGCUGGUGGAGACCAGUUUGUUGCAGGAUGCAAUCAUGAUGAUGUCCCCUUCUGUCUUACUGUCGGCUACAUUGGAGAAAACAAUCCUGUAAGCUGGGCCAGCCUUCCUGGCAAAUUAAAGUACUACAGCUGUGGCCCCUAUAGCUGCUGGGGUAUUAACAGUCAGGAUCACAUCUUUAUGAGAAAGGGGGUGGAUUCCCUUCAUUGUCAGGGAGUCGGUGACUGGCAGACUAUUGCAGGAUCCUUGUCUAUGAUAGAGGUGGGAGGUGAUGGCUCUGUCUAUGGAGUGAAUUCUGCAGGAAACGUGUUCCGCAGGGAUUCCACAUCUCCCUGUAAACCUGAGGGUGACGGGUGGACCCAAAUUAAUAUCCACUACGGUCAAGUGAAGCAUGUGUCCUACGAUAUGGGUCAUCUCUGGAUCAUCCUGAAGGAUGACACCAUCUACAACUGCAAAGUCUGAGCACUGCUCUUCGACAGAGGCAGCCCUGCAGCUUCAUGACUAUAUUCAUUACUGCAGUGCUUAAAAUGUUUCAUUGCUGCUUUUCAUCUGCUUACAAUUUAAACAGUAAUACUCAUGCUGUGCUUCUGUCAAAUUAUCCAGUUGAUUUUUAAAAACACAUCUAUUGUCUAGAUUGAAAACACAGUGUGCACAGUCUAGAAUUUCCUGAAGUGGUGCUUCCUUUGGGUGGUUGUAUGUUACGUUGUCUUUUCCAGCACUCUUUAAAAAAACAAUGAAUACUAUCUGUCCUCUUGUGAUUUUGGUGAUCAAUAAAGCAUAUCAUACUAAAAAUGA